GUCUAGCCCUAAUGUGCUCCGUAGUCUCCUUCUUCGUUACGAUUCUCUGCAUUACGCCAUUGCUACGUCUGGAGUGUUCGCGCUGAUGAAGUCUGACUCAUUGAGGCUUCCGUCUGUUUCCCAUAGUGCUCUGCAUAGCUGCUUAGUAACGGUGCGGUCAACAGGCUCGCUAGGAGCGCAAAUCAUUUAGCUAACAGCGCUAAUGCUGGCAUUAUGGAUAUGUGCCUGAUGAGACCUGGGGGCUCAGUUCCGCCUGAGCAGCUGUUGAUUCUCAGAAAGCUGAAGGAUUCGCCCCUGUCCUAAACCACUUGUAGCCAUGAUCUUGCCAGAUGACAGCCAGUGGGAUGAAACCAUCUGUGACUUGGCUGUUUGUCCGCAUCCACAAUGCUGGGCAGCUGUCCGUCGAAUUGAAAGGGGCCAUCCUCGAAUCCUGAGCUUACCCUGCAAGACUGCCUUGGAUGCUGAAGAUAAACUCCCAGGGCUCACUAUUGUAAACAUCUCAGAUCCCUGCUUGCAGGCCAAGACACUUGCUCACCGGCAGUCACCAGAAUUUGCCUUCACUACAGCUCAUUCCUUAUUGUCUCCAGGCUCAAAGCUUGCCUCCAAAUUGCAAGGCAGGGCUCAGAAGGAUUCACCUAAGAAAACUUUGAUCAGCUGUCCUAAGAGAUCUCCCAAAGAAAGUCACAAAAAGCUUUCAGUAUUGAAUUUGAAUGAGACACAACUUCCUUGCUCUGAAGAUGUUAGAAAUAUGGUUGUCAUCUGGAUCCCAGAAGAAUCAAAAAAGAAUGUAUGCUUACCUAAGAAGACAUCUUUACCCAGCCAAUAUGAGAAAAAGAAAAAGGAAUUACUAGGGAAAACUGGGGCAUCUCUGUGUUCCCCUGAACGACGACAGUUCACAGAGGCAGAGUCGAGAACCGCAGAGGGGCUUGUGCCUUCCUCCUCCCCAGUGUUACUUACAUCUGAGCAGUUAAGUUCAGCAGUACCUGUCUGGGCCCACGACAACAUGCUACCUCAGGAUCUGUUGAAGGAGCUUUUGCUGCAUGGAGAGAAAAACAUGCCUUGCUCAGAGAUGAAAAUACAAUUGGAUAGGAUGAAAAAGAGCCUUCCUCUGGAAAAGACCCAACCUGACAGCGAGAUUUCUUCUAAGAUGUUUCUAACGAUACACCGCCUCACCCUGCAAAGACCAGUGUUGCGAUAUCCUGAACAUCUGAAGAAGAAAGAAGGUUACAGGAAGCAGCAGCAGUGGCAGCAGCCUCAGGAGAGGAAGGAGAAAACCUCUACUCAGGAACAGGAGGCUAAAAAGAAAGCCAAGAACGAUCAGUGGAUCCAGAGUACUCCGCAUAAACAUUCAAGGGAAAUGCUUGAAGCCAGUGCUUGCAGCCCUAUCCAUGGUCACAGAAUUCUUUCUGAUCAGGAAAGUGACAUGCAGCCCCAACAGCAGCAGAUGAAGACCGAAGUAGCUACCUUGAAACAAGUUUCCAUGGAGAGAUCAAGAAAGGAUCACUCUGACAAGUCCCUGAGUUUCUUCCCUGAUAUGAAAAGUUCUAAAAUGUCUACGAUGGAACUGCCUUGUAAGGAUGUUGGUGCGUCAGUGGAGACAGUACUGGAAGUGCCAGUUGUCAGCCAAGAGAUCACUGGAGACCCUCCAGAAAGUGGGGCCAAAAUAAGCUGGAAGCCUGAGCUCAAACUACUGAGGAUUCUUCAGGCUACUGAUGUUGAGGAGGACCAGCCCACCAGUGGGUCAGAGAGUGAGGAUUCUUGGGACACAUAGACCAAAGGUGUCACUCAGGGCAGCCUUCACUGGAGCAGGAUGCUUGACAUCCUGAGGACAAUGAUCUUUGACAUAAGGCGGAAAAGAAAGGGCAGUUCUGCUCCCCCCAAGCCUCUCUAGGACCUAACCUUAGAGAUUGUGCUUUAUUAUUCACUUAUUACCAGCCUCUAAAAUAAGUAAGGAAAAAAAAGCUCCAUCCUUUCUCAGUUUAAGUGACUUCUGUUAGGGUCAGAAUAAGUUUAAUGAUUAAAUAACCACUUCUCAAAUAAAAGAUACCCUGUGUUUUUUGGAGGUGGGGAGAGACGCUUCCUAGCAUCUGUUUUCAGGGUCACUUUAUCUCUUUUUCUGAAGCUCUGAAAGGUUUUCAGUUGUAGGAAGCUGAAUUUGGCCUGUUAUAGAUUCCAUGGUAUUCUAGAUUUCCCUGUUGCUUCCUUUAUG